UUUAGGCUGGCCAAGGAGGGAAUUCUUGAGACUAUUGAUGGACACCAUUGCCAGGUCAGCCAUGUUUGAGGGGAAAGAAAACUGCAAGAACUUGGCUCUUGACAGUACUGCUCUCAGAGGGGACUGGUACUACAUCUCUGGCAGAGCCAUUGCAGUGAGCUUGGUACAUGGUGGUCCACCACCUAACUUUCUGUCACCAGCAGUAUUUUCUCUUCUGGUUGGAAAUUCAGCAAAUCCAGCCCUGGAAGACAAAGCUGACCUGGAACUCUUCGAAAAAGUCAAAAAGAUAUCUCAAAGUACAACCCUUGAGGACCUUGAGAAGUCAAAAGAACCUCUGCUUGAUUGCUUGGCCAAUGCAGGAUGCCUGAGGCCUCUGCGUUCACUAAGAGACAGGGAUCUGCUGGUACAUGUCAUUGUCAUGUUUCAGGUCAUCCACAGGGUUCAAGGUCCAUUUCAAAGAUUUUGUGAAGGUCUGAAAACUCUUGGGGUUCUCGACAAAAUGAGAAGGCAUCCAGACAGCUUUCGCCCUCUGUUCUGCUAUACACAUAUGCUGACUGCUGACCAGGUGGAUGAUCUUUUCAACAUUCAUCUAUCUCCAGAAGGAAGCAACAGAAGAGCUGCCGAGGAGAUGGUUGUUACCUUCUGGAGAGACUAUCUCCAAGAUGCAGAAGAAGAAGAAGGACCUUCCAAAUUACAGAAGAUAUUGGCCUUUGCAACUGGAGCAACUGCGGUGCCACCUAUUGGCUUUUCUCCAGCACCCUCGAUUGAGUUCAUUCAUAGAGGAGACGACGACUUCUCUUCUACACCAAUUUUCCCUCUUGCCAACACGUGUGUUAACUGCAUUAGGCUGCCACUACAUGUUUCAUACCAGCUGUUCAAGGAGAAGUUUGAUUUUGCAUUAGGUAACACUUACGGCUUUGGCAGGGUAUGAACACAAUAUGCUGGAGGAGUUUGCGUGUUUCUCUUUUGUAUUUGUCUCUCUACUGAUUCAAAGUGAGUAUUGAGUAUUAACUUGUUAAGGUUUUAAUAUUUCCAAAUUUACCUGCCUCGGUCAAAUUGAUGUUUUAAGACAUCAGUUUGACAAGAAGUGAUUGUUCUUCAGGAUUAAUACAGGUAGAUACCAAUUGUUUAACAGCACUUCAGAAGUUUAUUUAGAUUGUUGAGUUUGAAUAUACAAAAUUUGUCUCACUUUACUCAUUUCAUGUGUAUGUGCAUCUGUUUUUGAUUUGGUUGUCUUUGUGUCUGUUUAUUCUUCUGCCUGUGUCAGUUUCUGUUUGACAACAGAGCUGUCAUUUUAUCAUUUUAAAGAAAAUGGUUUCAAUAUGUUAGUUUCGAUCAGAUAUGUUUUCUGAAAUGUUUUUUUUAUAUUUUUUUAUUUUUUGCAAAAUAUUUAAUUCAAUGUAGAAGGUGUAAAAGUGAAGAAAACACAUCUAUUCCACGAUUUCCAUCAUUUUCUAAUGGAUUCACGUGUUGAAUUAUGUUCAUUGCAGUCUCAUUUAUGUUGAUGUCAGUAUCUGGAAUUAUGACCAAACCAAAGUUUUGUAUUCCUUCCAAAAAUAAUGACAAGACACUUGAGGCUCUGUUAUUGGAUAAGCAACGUAAGUAUAUGAUAGUUCGGCUGAAGCCAUCAACACAGCCAUGCAGGACCAAGCGCCAUCUAAUCAACUUGUGGUUGCCGUCAAAAUGCCUGUUGAGAGAUCAGAAAGCAUUACUACAGUUCCUCGUUUGUUCAUAUUAUUUAGUAGUGAAUUCCUGACCCUGCACUUAAACAAAAACUAGAGGUACCAUUUUGUACAUUUACUUCAACAACACCACACCUCUCUCUCUCUCUCUCUCUCACACACACACACACACACACACACACACA